CUAGAGGCCUGAGACCUAUAUGGGGUGCCCAUGAGGACACCACAAGGUACAGAGCCAGACCUAAUCCCAGAAUUGUGUGGAAAUAAGGGGAAAUAUUCUCCCAUGUCUUGCCAUCUUCACAUCAGCCCUGUACUUUGUGCUGGAGCUAAACUCUUCCCAGAAUCCAAUCUAGCUAGUUACAAGCAAACUUGGAUAUGCCAACACUACACUGCAGUCACUCUAACUGAGAAUUGCAGGAAUCUAAUUCCAAAUAGUUUACAUGACGAGGAGAUGGAAGACGCAAAUUAAAAUAGAUGGCCAACCUAUUCUCUAAAACAUUCUCUUUCCACUUUUGUUUUUCUCCCCUCUUCUGAACUUCAGCAUGUGAUCUGAAAAAGGGUCCAAAGUAAUUUCUAUAUCAUCACACCAUUGGGACCACAAACUCUCUAUGUUUACUGAAGUAUUUUUCAUUAAGUCAACAGCUUUAGCUCUUUUAAUCUUUCCUCACAAGUCUAUCCCUCCAGCUCCCUGACUACUUUUGUUGCUCAUCUCUGAAAUUCCUUCAGGUUGUUUGUAUCUUUCUAAUAAUAUGCUGCCCAGAAGUGAAGACAAUAUUCCUGCUACAUUGGCACCAAAGACACAAAAAGCAGGGACUUUUACCAUUCUUUUGUGUGGUAUGAUGCAUAUGUUCAUAAAUCCUAGAAGUACACUGGACUAUUUUGGGGCUAUUCUUUAUUGCAAAACUAAGAUUGUUUUUUUUUCUUUUUUUUUUCAUAGGAUCAUAGAAAAGUAGAGCUGGAAGGGAGCUCUGGAGGUCACCUAGUCCAAUCUCCUGCCUGAGGCAGGAUCAUCCCAUUCCAAAACAUUUCAUACAAAUCUUUUCCUAACAUAUUACUAAAACUACAGUCAACCUUGUCAUAGAACCAUAAAACAUACCAUCCUAACUUGCCACAGGUAAAGCAGAGGGCAAUGACAGUCAGUGUCCUGCUGCUGCAAAGGUUGCUAAAGUAUGCUCAAGAGAUCCUAAAAUGAGGGCCAUGCUCACUGCUACAGAGGAAGGUAGAACGCCAUGCUACUCAACACCCUAAAAAAAUGUUAAUGCAAAAGGUGGGUGGGUCCUCCUUUUCCUCACUGAUUUUUUGUGGCUCAGUCUUAAGGGCAAGAUCAUGGCAUGAUGAAGAAGUAGAUAAAUUAAUGGAGUUUCAGAGAAGUGAACAGGGUAGAAUAGAACUGCUCUUUGGCACUUAAGUUGGAAGAACGUCCUUACCAGCCUUUCAUCACAAUACCCCCAGGCUGUCUCAGAGUUAAUUCUUUUAUUCAAAACUUGUUAAACUUGUAGGUCCACCUGAGGUCCAGCCCAGAUAACAGAACUCCUUUCCAUGAUUGGUCCAAGUUCUCCACUUUCAGACCUGCUUUAAAGCUGGCCUCUUGUGCACAAUACAUGGCGCUUCCAGUCUGCAAACUGUUCAGGGUUCUUUUGAGAGUAUCUGCCUCCUCUUCCAGCUCCCUGACUCUGAGUGUGGAUCUAGCUUUGUGUUCUGCUUACCAGUCACUGGAUCUUGACCCUUGAUUUGAAACCCCCUCUGUAGACCACCAGCCCCUGACUCUGGCCUGGGGUCUUUCCCACACCUCUUAUUCCAGUCUCUUGGUUUGGUACCCUGUCGGUUGAUCUUCACUUACACACCACUGCCUAGCUUCUCAUCUCCUACUAGUGCCUUAAACUCUAGCUAAUAGACUGAGCUACCCUCACUGACUGUGACAGUUCUAGAGGGACAUUCUGAAGAGUGAGAGAAAAGGUACAGCCAUCCAGGGUCUCUACUGAAGUUGCCAGCUAGGAGGGUGCAAGAACUGGGCUGGUAGGAUAGAAGGUUCUGGCUUGUGAUUAAAACAAAUGAAAAAAAUGGAUUGAGACUUGGUCCCGUAGGAUAUAGUAUACGUGGAGUAUAGUAAUGGGUAUAUCUCAUCCCAGGUUUUAGGAGCAUUCACAUCAAUGGUGGUAGGCAAAGGAUGAACAGCUCUCUUGAGCUGAUUGCUUAUACCCAGCAAAAUGUGAAAAGUCAGUAUGUCUUAACAGCUCUCAGUAAGACAGGUCACUGACAUGGUACCACCUGAUGAGGUUAGAUUACACCCAUGGUGAAAAAGUAAAGCUUGUGCUUCAGUGGUGGGCUGGAUUUGGCCCUCAAUUCAGUCAGUGUGGGAAGGAAUAAUUCCUGAAGCAGGUUACCUUGUUCAAGUGGAUGGGUUUCAGCAACAGCACAUGGAAAGAGUCCUUUCUGCCCAAACACCCAACAAUGGAGUCAGCAACUUGUCAUUCAAAGAAUUGGAAGUGAAGAGCAGUUUAGGAUGUGUUUUAUCCCUACAAGAAUCAGGAUGAAACUCCCAUGAAGAUGGAUGAGAAUGAGAAGCAUUAGAACUCUUUGUGGGAUUACAGCUGUUAUCGGCAUUGUUAGCAGGUGUGACACUUCAGAAUUAAAACUGCCAGUUUUAUAUUAUUUUAGACAUCUGAGUAGUGGGAUCAUUAAGAAUAUGCCCACUGGAUUGGAAACACAUAAGCAUGCUUUUUACUGUUUUCUUUCUUUGUAUUUCAGAACAUUCAUUCAUUUUUUAAUUCCGAAUUUUAGUUUUGGUUGUAUAUUUGUCUUCUUUGAAACUAUAAAUGGCAGAAGCAAUGGAGUUUUAUUGCUGCAUAAAGGCUCCAUUCAUUCAUGUAUAGACACCUGAGGUAACUAGCUGCUUGCCAUAUUUCUCAGGAAGAAUGAGAUGACUUCCUCUGAUGCCUCCUCCUUCUUGUGCCUCCUCCAGGUCACCUGCUUCCUCACUUACCUCAGAGCUUUGGUCUUCAUCCCCUGAUGAACCUAGUUUAAAGUCCUCCUCACUGUCAUAACCCAAGGGUAUGAUUUUGUGUGUGCUUCGGCACUGCAGAAUUAUUUCCCGCCACAAGGAGCUUUCUUUGCAUGGUGCAAUUCUCAGUUGCAUGGAGAAAACCCCGGUGCAAAGGAGUUCCCGCCACUCGCAUGCAAAUUUGUGUCCCACUAUUGGCUGUUUCUAAAUUAUUCCCAUGUGGCGGCUAGCGAUUGGCUUGCUAGCCAUAUAAGAGGCUUGAGCGGUUUCUGCCCAAGUUGGAGAACUCCGAGGAGAACCCCACAAGGGAGGACUCCAUAACCAUCUUGUGGAGAACUCUAAGUGCGUUGUGGAGCUCAACGAACCCCUCGUGUGCCUUAGAGGAGGAUACAGGGGCCUGAUCAACCUCUAGCCUCCCCGUCGCCGCCUGAUCUCUCGACGUACCCUUCCCUGUGCGCUUUCGUCACCUUGUCGGACUCUCAUCAUGGUAUCCAGAGCUCUUCUCGGGUUAUUUCGUCCGGUUGAUUCGACGGGCUCGCGAUUCUAGAGCUUUCAGCCGGCCUUGGACCAGAGUUCACGGUUAGAACUCUUGUUCGCUCUUCUUCUUUUCUAUCUGUAACUGCAACGCAAGCAAGUUUUCCUGGCUGUACCAUGACCAUCUACGGUGUACGUAAAAUAAUCUUUAAUCAACCUCUACGAGUCCGUGCCUAAUUCUAGUCCAUCAGGCCGCAUUCCCCAACCCACGUGCCAGGGCUGCUGGCCACAGCCCACCGCGCGCCCCCGAAAGCCUCGGACCGCUCCUGGCCCGCACAUGGUGACGAGGAUGGGAUCCGGGGAAAGCACGAUGGAACUAGAAUUAGUUAAGAACUGCCCUUGGCGCAGUGGAAAACGCCAAGUAGAGAACUUCAUGGAACUGGAGGCACAUAUCGCUUACCACCAGGCGGGCGGAAUGGGUGAGAGGUUUAUCAGUGGACGCCUUUCGCUGAACGGAGAAGAGGGAGCUUCUGAAGACGGAGCCCCAAAAGAGAGGGAAGUGUACCUUCACCCUGCGGUAUUCAGGUGUGUAAUGAGUGAUGAGCGGGUCCUGUUUAGGCCCCUCGACACUGUGUCCCUCGCCAGAGUCAACCCGGCAGGCGCAGUAAACCCGACCCUCACCCGGGAGUGUGCCCAUUGCCUAAGGUGUGCUUGGGAGAGUGAAGAACCGGUGCCGAUCGACCGGUUCACCCCCUUUAUGCUGGCAUCUAGAUUGAGGGGUCGUGAGCUUCCAUCCGAGCUCCGCGAAGAUCUGAAGACGGAGGAACGCACCACAGAUGAGAGGGUGGCCCCAAGGUACGACAAGGGGGGAAUGCUAACUGCAACUUUUCGUACUGUAACCGAUUUAAUGCAGAAGAAUUUAAGUUUGAAAGCCCAGCUGCGUAUGGCCGUUCAAGCGGUCAAAGAAGCGGCUGCGAAAGAAAAUCUUGAGACGCCACGCCAAGAUGGCACCGAGCAAGAGGGAGACCGCGUGGAAGAACCGGAAGAGAAGGGUGGAGCUUCGGAGGAACACGCGAGAGUUCGGUCGGCGACCCCGCCCACCGACGCAGCGUCGCUUCCGGCGACCACGCCUUCUUGUCGACGGAAGGGAGAAUCGAGCGGAGGAGUGCAUCCGCCCCUCCUGCCUGAAGUAAUAACAACAGCAGUGACUCCCGCAGCAGCAGUUCAUCCUGUAACAACAACCAGCCGAGUUGCUACUACCUACUAUGCUCGCACCAGAACUGAACUACAGGAUUUGUGCAGAGAAUCAAGAAUCCAACCUGAAGAAACUCUAGCUGUAUGGUUGGGACGUUUGGUCGUGGAACUUGGAUCCGACCUGCUAAACCAGGAAGAAGCAAGCUUCUUGGUCAGACAAGCUUCGUGGAGUAGAGGACAUGUCACUGACAUCGACAUGGUGGUGUUUAAUGUUCACUGGCCUAUUCCACUGCCAGCUCUUGUUGCAGGACUGAUCGGUCAAAAAGCCCACGCAUGGCAUGACGGACGGCGCAAAGCAACUCAUGCUAGUGAUAAUCAGAGUCUCGUACUGUGCCUGGAACCCCAGAGCAUGUGCGCUGGGACUGACAUCACUCCAGCGAAUAAGACCAUGGCCUUACUGUCAUCUACGAGAUCCUGGAACCGUUCCAGUAACCAUUCACAGCAUAGAUAGUUGUCUUGAGGUUUAUGGGCGAAAGAACAGCGUUGUCCUCCGGAUUCUGCUUAACCCAAUGGUGAACCAACCCGUGAGUAAUCUUCUGCGUCAAUUGUCACGACUGCGUAUCCUGAUGGAGCCAAGAAUAUCCAGCGAUCGGGAACGUCGACACCCGACCGAGGCUCAAGGCGCAAGACAUCGAGAAUCCGAUCUUCCAUCGUUGCCACAGAGAACACCAGAGGAGCAAUACAUGUUUGGAUUUCUCCUACAGUGUUCUGGACUCAAUAAGCGGCAACUUUGGAUUUUAGGGGACGCAGGCCAAUGGCAACUGGCCUAUGAGUUAGGUUUCCAUUAUCUAGAAGAACUGGAUGACGACUCCUCGAUAAUUUCAUCUAGUUGAGUGUACAAGAGAGGGUUGUCCGAAGUAGCAAACACCUGUAUUAUAUGUUUUAGAAAUGAUAGUGUGGUUCCAUGUGAAUUUUGUAAAUAUUAGUGAAAUAACUGUUUUAAGAGAAUUCUUUUCACAGAUCCGGAAUUCAGAGUGCGUGGCGGAGAGAAGCCCCAAGAAGGAGAACAUCAUCGGCAGAAGUGAGGGCUUGACGCACGACUUCGCCAUGACGCCCACUGAAGCCCUGAUUGUUCAAUUUUUUGUUAUGAAUCUGGUUAUGUGUAUAUGUAUUUGUGCUGGCUAUUUAAUUCGAUCCCUGGAGGACGAACUUCUUAUGUUAGCUGAUUUUGUGUUUACCCGUUUAGUUCAACGACCAGUUAUAAGAGCUACUGGCAACCCGAGUGAUGAGCAUGUGGUAUAAUUUAGCUAUGCCUUCAGCAAGGGGGGGAUGUCAUAACCCAAGGGUAUGAUUUUGUGUGUGCUUCGGCACUGCAGAAUUAUUUACCGCCACAAGGAGCUUUCUUUGCACAGUGCAAUUCUCAGUUGCAUGGAGAAAACCCCGGUGCAAAGGAGUUCCCACCACUCGCAUGCAAACUUGUGUCCCACUAUUGGCUGUUUCUAAAUUAUUCCCACGUGGCGGCUAGCGAUUGGCUUGCUAGCCAUAUAGAGGCUUGAGCGGUUUCUGCCCAAGUUGGAGAACUCCAAGGAGAACCCCACAAGGGAGGACUCCAUAACCAUCUUGUGGAGAACUCUAAGUGCGCUGUGGAGCUCAACGAACCCCUCGUGUGCCUUAGAGGAGGAUACAGGGGCCUGAUCAACCUCUAGCCUCUCCCCGUCACCGCCUGAUCUCUCGACGUACCCUUCCCUGUGCGCUUUCGUGGAAAGUCACCUUGUCGGACUCUCAUCGUGGUAUCCAGAGCUCUUCUCGGGUUAUUUCGUCCGGUUGAUUCGACGGGCUCGCGAUUCUAGAGCUUUCAGCCGGCCUUGGACCACAGUUCACGGUUAGAACUCUUGUUCGCUCUUCUUCUUUUCUAUCUGUAACUGCAACGCAAGCAAGUUUUCCUGCCUGCACCGUGACCAUCUACGGUGUAAGUAAAAUAAUCUUUAAUCAA